CCUCUCAAGGUGUUUGACGGGAAGACCGUUCAAAGUUCUCGACAAGACGCAACUGAUUACGCCUUAGCUGAACGAGCAUAUCAGUUUGUUCAAGGGAAAGAUUUGGUCGAGAAUCUCAGGAAGGUACCAACAUGUAUGCGUAACUUGCAUUCGUGGUACCUUAAGGCCUCAAAGGAAGGGAUCGAGACUAUCAUGGUGCGAGUUAGGGAAGAGCACUACUUCCAGGAGUACUGUGUGAACGUUGACUUCGCCGAACUCUUUCAGUUAUACAAUCUCCGGGCCCUCGACAAAUCAAUCAUCAGUUGCUAUUGUCUAUCGAAGAUGCUCGAAUGCAAAAGGGACGAUAUCACAGACAUUGGGUUCAUUGACCCGAACACAAUGCAUGUCAAAACCAUAGAUGAUCCCCUCUAUAACAAGGAUACACCGCAGACUUUGCUAAGGUUUUUGAAGCGACAACGUGACAAAAAGCUAAUACUUUGGCCUUACAACUUCGAGUGAGUCUUACUGUCUUAUAACACAUUAUAUUUUGCUCACCGUAUGUCAAAAUUUUAACUAAUGACUACAUAUUGAAACGUGCGUAGGUUUCACUUUAUUCUUCUCGUCAUCAAUUUGGAAAUUGGAGAAGUUGAAGUC